UAGUAGAUCUGCUUAGAAGUGGACUUUUCCUAGAACUACGGUCCGUUCUUGGUCGGAAAGCGGCUAUUUAAUUCGUCAAGGGAAUUUAUAGGAAGCAUGUAGCGUCAGUGGGACUCAUUUCAUUUAUUAAGGGACUGUAGAAAGCAGAGGGAAGGCAGAGAGAGUCCCAGUCCCAGGCAGCGGAGAGAUGGGAGCGGAGCACCCGGAGCGGAGUGCUCUGCCUCAGCAUUGCCUCCUCCCGCUUCUGCUGGGCUUCUCCGUGUCUGUUUUUAAGUUCCAUAACAUAGGUAGGGUUGCUGCGUUAAUUUGCUGGUCCAGUCAGAGAGACUCAAAGUUUAUUUGAAAACCCUCAGAGAUUCGGGGCUUCAGAGAAAACAUUCGGGGCUGGAACCCCAGAAGACACCCCUUAUCUCCGCCCCUGUGACACUGUGCCUCUGAUCCCAUCCAGCCUGUAAUCUGUUGUACAGAAGUAGUCAACACGUGCGAAAAAUUUAAAGGUUCUGUGUGUGUGUGUGUGUGGGGGAGGCUCAGAAAGAAAAAGGCGUAGCAUAACGACCAAAGUCCUCUCUAGGGCCUUCUUCCUCCACUUUCUCCCCAGCCAGACACGCUCUGUAUGCCCCGUCAGUGGUACUCAUUUAAUGUUCUAAGGGACUUAAUAGGAAGCAGAGAGAAAAGAUUAAUGUGGGUCGUGUAAGAAAAAACAGUCCCAGGUUUUCUUUCUUCCUCCAGACUUUUUUUUUUUUUGCGCGCAUCGGAGAGAUGGGAGCGUUGCGCCCGGAGCGGAGCGCUGUGCCGCGGCUUUGCCUCCUCCUCCCGAUCCUCUUGCUGGGUUUCUCCGUGUCCACAUCAGCGGCCUGGGACCUGGUUCUCCUUCACACCAACGACGUGCACGCUCGGGUGGAGGAGACCAGCAAGUAUUCCGGGAAAUGCGGCGGCAGCAGCAGCGAGUGUUUCGCCGGCGUGGCCCGCAGAGCGACGGAGAUCAAGCGGAUCCGCAGCACCGAGACCAACGUGCUGCUGCUGGACGCCGGGGACCAGUUCCAGGGGACCGUGUGGUUCAACUACUACAAAGGAGCCGAGGCGGCACACUUCAUGAACAAACUGCGUUAUGAUGCCAUGGUUUUUGGAAACCACGAGUUCGACAACGGAGUGGAGGGACUCAUGAAGCCGUUCCUGGAGCAGAUCCAGUGUCCUGUCCUCAGCGCCAACAUCAAACCAGACCAAACUCUGGCCCCAACCUUUGGCAACUCUUUUUUACCUUAUAAGAUUCUCACGGUGGGGGGCGAGAAGAUCGGCGUGGUGGGAUACACGUCCCAGGAAACGUCGGCUCUUUCCAAACCUGGACCACACCUGCACUUUGAGAACGAGGUGACGGCCCUGCAGCGGGAGGUGGACAAGCUGCAGACGCUGGGAGUGAAUAAGAUCAUCGCUCUGGGGCACUCAGGCUUCACCAUGGACAAGGAGAUCGCCAAGAAGGUCCGCGGAGUCGACGUGGUCAUCGGUGGACACAGCAACACGUUCCUCUAUACAGGAUCCCCUCCUUCUUCUGAAGUCCGUGCAGGUGAUUACCCGUUCAUGGUGAGCUCAGACGACGGGCGGGAGGUUCCUGUCGUGCAGGCCUACGCCUUUGGAAAAUAUCUGGGUUAUCUUAAGGUGACCUUUGACGAUAUUGGGAACGUGCAGACGGCCAAAGGAAACCCCAUUCUGCUGGACGGGAAGAUCCCACAGGAUCCGGAUGUUCUUGCCGACGUGGAGGAGUGGAAAAAGAAUCUGGCCAACUUCUCGGCUCAGACGGUGGGAAAGACUCUGGUCUUCCUGAACGGGACCACUGAGGAGUGUCGCUUUCGGGAGUGUAACCUGGGAAACCUGAUCUGUGAUGCCAUGAUCGACAACAACGUCCGGUCGGCAGACGCUCUACGGUGGAACCACGUCAGCGCCUGCAUCUUCAACGGAGGGGGCGUCCGCACGUCUGUGGACGAACGCACCCGAAACGGCUCGAUCACCAUGGAGGACCUGAUCUCCAUCUUACCUUUCGGGGGGACCUUCGACCUGGUGCAGCUGAAAGGCUCCACGCUGUUUAAAGCCUUCGAACACUCGGUGAGACGCUACGGCCAGAGCAGCGGAGAGUUCCUCCAAGUGUCCGGAUUUCAUGUUGAGUUUGACUUCUCCAAACCCGAGGGGCAUCGGGUGAAGAGCCUCAGCAUCCUCUGCACACAGUGUCGAGUUCCUCGCUACGAACCGGUCCAGGAUGAGACGGUCUACGUCGUGGUGCUGCCGUCCUACCUCGUGACGGGCGGAGACGGAUUCUCCAUGAUCCGAGACGAGAAGGUCAAACACGACAGCGGGGAUUUGGACAUUUCGGUCGUGUCCAGCUACAUCACGAAAAGGAAGGUAGUUUAUACGCCUGUCGAAGGACGCAUCAAGUUCUACAACUCGGCUUCUGGACGAAAGGCUCCGCUGGUUUUACUGGUUUUACUGGGACUGCUGUGGACUCUGUGUGGGGACAUGUAGGGCUGACUUUACCCAGAAACACAAGAGGACGGAAAAAGGGUUUUAACCAAACUGCACGUGAACAUGAAGAACUAACAAAGGACAAUUCUUUUUAUAAGAAAAGAUAAAACCCCAACUCUGUGUUAGGGAUGCACCGAUCCGACUUUUCCAGUCCCGAUAGCGAUACCGAUGCCUGGGCUUUGUGUAUCUGUCGAUACCCGAUACCGAUCCGAUACCAUUGUUGAAUUAAUAAUAAACUGUUUACCUUCCUUAUUUAUUUGUACACUAAACUCUUCCAGCAUGCGACACACGUGCAACAGAGGGAAUGAAAACUAACAAAACUGGAUCGGCCUCGUGGAUCUGUUCAUUUUUCCGAUCCCAGAUCCAGCAAUUUUGUCAAUAUCUGGACCAAUAUCCGAUCUCAAUAUCGGAUCGGUGCACCCCUACUCCGUGUGGACAAGUUUGGCCAAAACAGCCGAAACCACAGCCAAGGCAACUUAACCCUCCAAGGUCUAAGGGCAUUUUGACAUAUAUUUUUUUGGGCUAUAACUGAUUCCUGUGUGUUUUAUAUCAAAAUGUUCGGAACAAAUUCAGCUUUCUGUAUAGCGACGCCCAAAUUUGUCCCAGAGCGAUAAUUUGGCGCUAAAGUGGAAGUAUUUCUCAUAUCUCUUGUGAAAACAUACCUACAGUCACUUGUUUUGGUGCUUGAAAUGAGUGUACAAAAGUCUUGUGUUCACAAAAGUAGCAUUAUAUAUAAAUAUAUCAUGGUGGGUAUUGUUGGAUUUAAAUCUAAAAUGUGACCGAUGACCGGUCCGGCCCUAAAAAGGCCAGACUUAAUCUGACUCCAAUUCUCUGGUCACUGAAUAGUGUUUGUUUACUGGUAGAUCAGAGAGAUUAGACUCAGGAUUCAAAAUAAGACUCCAGAUUCGUCCAGUUAAAGUUAAUAACAAGCUUUAGUGAAUGAUAUUGCAAAAUACAAUAAACUUGUGCACAAGGAUUUACUUCAAGACAAAAUAGCCUAUCGCUAAAAACCUAGAAAACAGACAGAGAUCCUCCAGCAUCUGAUGCCGGCUAACCCAGAACUUUCACUUUUUAUCCAUUCUCUCUGCUCCAUCCGUGGUGCUGUUCUCAGCAGGAUGUAGUCCCGAUCUUCUGGCUCCAGUCGGCUAACGAUAUGUAACACACCGUAUGAAAACAUGACCCUGAGUUCUCUCAUUCUCAGCUCAACAGAGACAAGUCGCUAUUGUUGGGUCCGAACACCUGUAUAUUUUUAAUCUCCUACAAACUAAGGAGUUCUCCAUGAGUCAGGUCAUUUUCAUACUCUGUGUCACAAAUCACGCGCUUGCAAAACACUGACCAUUGUUGCCUCGUUCCCCCCCUGAUCAGAGAAGAGCUUUUUUCUCAGGCAAUAAUCUCAGACUCCCUUUAUGUUAAAUCACAGUAAAACCAGAUGGCCUCUCAUAACCCUGGGAAACAAGGCAGCAAGGUCAGCAUCAUGAUCUCUACAAACCUGUUACUCUUACUCUCACAAAUAUAUUCUAACAAUAUACUGUCCUGUUUAUAAAUAUAUUGGCCUAAAAAUAAAUGGGCCGGAAUCUGCCUUUGGGGGAGGGGGGCAUAUCCUAGUGGGGGGGUCUGGGUGUCCUCCCCCAGGGUUAUUUUGAGU